AUGUAUAGCAGCUGCGGGAGCAUCCGUGACGCUCAGAUUGUGUUCGAGGGGAUAUGCAAGCCCAGCAUCUGCUCGUGGAACACGAUGGUCUCCGCGUAUGCCCAGUGUGGGCAUGUGGAUCUCGCAAAGUCGCUGUUCGACACGAUGCCGCACAGGGACGUGGUAUCGUGGACGGCUCUUCUUCACGCCUUCGUCGGUAGCAUCACCACCAUGGCUCACCAGGUUCUUGACAGGAUGCCGGAGCUCAACGUUGUGACUUGGACUACCAUGGUCCAGGCCUGCGUCGACCAGGGUCACCUUGGUCCUGCCAAGGAUAUCUUCACCAGGAUGCCGGAGAGAAACGUUGUCUCCUGGAACACGAUGGUUGCUGCGAACUUCCAGCUCGGAGACUUUGCUGGUGCCAAGAGUACUUUCAACAGAAUGCCCAAGCACGACGUCGUAUCGUGGAAUGCAGUGGUCUCGGCGCAUGCUCACGGCCGAGAAGUUCUCGAGGCUAAGGCGUGCUUUGAGAGCAUGCCUCAGCGAAGUGUGGUCUCCUGGAACACGAUGGUGGCUGCCAUGGCGCCUUCAGAAACAAAUAGUGAUACUGGAGAAGCGAAGAAGUUUUUCUGGAGAAUGCCAAGCUGGGAUGCUGCGUCCUGGAAUGCGGCGUUGGCCGUGACCGCGGACAAUGGAGACGUGGCAGGAGCUGCACUUGUGUUCGAGAGCAUGCCCGAGAGGAACGCCACGGCUUGGGCGUCCAUGAUCUCGGUGUAUGCUCAUCACGGCCAUCUCCAAGCUGCUAGACAGGUUUUCGAGCGGAUGAAGCUGCAGGAUCGUGGUGUGGCAACCGAUACAGCCGCCUGGAACUCCAUGGUGGCUGCUUACGCCAAGUCGGGCCAUGCCAACGACGCGAUCCUAGUCUUCCGAGCGAUGCAAGUCGACGGUGUUGCUCCGGACGCUGCCACCUUCGUCAUCCUCCUGACGGCUUGCUCGCACCAGGGCCUGCUCCAGCAAUGCUGUCACUACUUCGUGGCGAUGAGCGGCGACCAUGGCUUGACGCCAGUGAUGGAUCACUACUCGAGCAUGAUCGACAUCCUCGGGCGUGCGGGACUGGUGGAGAGAGCAGUGGAGCUCGCGAAAAGCAUGCCUCUGCGCGGAGAUGCUGCAAGCUGGGGAGCUUUGCUGGGGGGAUGCUACAUCCACUGCGACGUUGGAGGAGCAAAGUCGGCGGCACAGAGAGUGUGGAGCGUCAGUCCCGGAGAUGUUGGAGCUUACCUGGUGCUGGCAAACGGGCUGAGCGAGAGCGUGUGCUUAACACUCACAACACACGGUGUUACACACUGA